AUGAAAUCUUAUACUUACAAGGUAACGUGUAACACCUUUUCCGCGAAAGCUGUCACGACAUAAGUAGCUGCAUCUUUGUCCUAGGACUGACAGUCUGUGCUAUCAGCGUGAGGAAAGAGAGCGGUAAGAAGGAAAAUUUAUAAUUCAUUUCCUCAAGAAAGAAUAUAUAAGUUCCUCUUACUUCGAUAGAGGUUUACAGACGUGGACGAUUUCACUUUACUCAAAGACAGAGAAACGAGAACUCGUGGAAAAAUGAAUCAAAGUUCUGGGAACCAGCGUUUCGCCUAUCAGCAACCUAUUGGCCAAGCCCCUCCAGGUCAAUUGCAGCCCAUGUAUGUCCAGGCCCAGGCCCCUCCUGGACAGUAUGCUCAACAACCAGUUGGACAGGCUGUACAGCCAGCAGCAGCGCAGGAACCGACGUUGCCAAAGACUACUGAUUAUUGGAACAGUGCCUUGAUUGCAGAAAGAGUGGUUGAGUUUCUUUUCCUAUCAGCUGCUUGGAUAUCGAUUGUUAGAUAUUCCAAUGCUCCUGUAUAUGAAGUCGGGAGAGUGAAUUUUUUUAAGGGAAUUACAGUGUUCUGCUGGAUCGUGUCCAUUGUAUUUCAAGUUGGGUUUGUUUUUGGCUUCAACUAUAUCAAGCGUCUCUUGUCACGACCGUCACACUUGACAAUUGUGUGCUUUAUUGUGCAUAUUAUCCUGACCAUCUUACUGGUGGCUUGUACACUGACCCUCGUGUUUCAUGCGCAUGACAUGUCCAAGGCUUACGACGCACUGCCCCGGGCUAUAAGGAUGAACCUUGAUGAACUCUACUUGGCACUGAUUUUUGGUUUUCUGGUCUGCUUUUCUUUCUUUGAAAGCAUUCGAUUGUUCUACAAAAUGAUCGUUACACAAAGAGGAGAGGAAGAAACCGACAACACUGCACAGACGGCUCAGGGGCCUGGUAUUCAGUCUUCUGCCAUGUAACCCAAAGGUGCCAUUUGAACAAGGAAAGAAAACCUUUAUCUAGCUUUAGAGAUAUACAAGCGUGUUGAGCCUAGUUAACGUUAGAGAUGCCUGAAACGAUUUGGUAAAGUUGAUGAGACAUGUUACUCAUUGUAGCCAUCCUUUUUUGCGAUGUUAGGUUUCAUGUUUUUGUGCUUUACACCAUGAUAUCACGUUUGCUUGUAUUUUUUUCAGUCGGAUUGUUCACAGUUAUGUAAUAGAGGUAAUCAGUUUAAAAAAAAAAAACCGACAAAUUUCUCUGUGAUGAGUUUUUGUUUAGUUAUUUUAACCUGACUGGGCCUAAUCAAUAUACUCCUAUACUCUUUUUGAACUUACUGACUUAGAGAUGUAGUCAGUCACUUUAUGUGAACGCAAAAAAAUAAAGUUUGUACAUGGUCAGAGUGCUCCUGACCUAAACUGCAA